AUGAGUCAAGUACCAUUGGAACUGAAGGCUGCAGAAUCAGAGGAAGAGGAGGAGGAGGUGAAGGGGGAGAAGAAGGACGAGGAGGAUGAAAAGGAGGUACGGGAGGAGUUGGAAAGGAGGGAUAGAACCACUGCCGUGCUGUCGUCGCUGAGUGUUCAUGUCAACGUCCUGUCUGACAGAGAGAAUGUUCGAAUUGGUGUGGUCGCCGAUCACAGCGCGUCGCCCCGUGUAAGCUUGCAUAACGGAAGCGGCGUUUUAACGUCCUUAGUAGAUAGUGACACAUAUACGGUAGGUGACCUAUCUCGUGAAAUCUGAUGACAGAAACUGACAUGAGAAAUUUUUGGACGUCUUAAACGUUACGCAUUUUGCUCGCUCGUCCGGCUUCCUCAAGGGAAUGUCCUCUUCUUGUGCAGAAAAUGUGCCCACGUGAUUUCAUCAAGCAAAGUUUUCAUAAAUUUGAACGCAGAUAGACAUUGCGAUGUAUUCGGGCAAUUUCCUAUGCCAAUACAUGUCCUAGACUUCGGUUGCACACGUGAGCGUGCUUUUCUUUGAGGGGAGAGUAAGGCACCUUUAAUAGUUUUACUAAAUAGAGCUUGCUGUACUUGGGAAUUCAUUUUUUAUCUGAUGCUAACCGUGGGAAUCAGUUUGCUAACACACAGGUUAUUUCUAGGGAACCGGGCGUCUCGUUGAUUUUUGAAAGUCAGAUUAGCAGAUUUUUGCGAUUUCGUGCCCCAAAGUGCAGUGAUAACGCGCAUAGACGCAAUUUUCUAGCGAAUGAGGGGAAAAAUGAAUAUUUUAAUGCAUGUUUUCCAUGAAAUAUGAUUGAAUUUCUAAGGGCAUCGAAGAUCGACGAGAAAAAUGCAUGCUACUUAAGUAAUCAUUUUUUACGGAGUACAGUUUUUGCAUGAGGCCGAAAAUAAGUUCGAAAGCCGGCAUCCUGAGGUUACUGAAUUAUUAUGGAAUCACGCUGCACAAUAAUUAGCUUUACAACCCUACUUAAUUAAUCUUUUCGAAAUGAAACUGCAUUUCGGAAUCUUCGGCUGCCAUUCUAUGAGUUAGCCCACCUACUGUAUACAGACAUCCGUCAACACAAUGUAGUAUUAAAACACUCUUUAAAAAGGCAACUUAUCAAAUAAAGUUUUCUAUUGAAUCGAAAGCAUAUUCAUUUCUGAAUUUUGUUGUGGACGUUCAUUUUAUUUGACGAUGAGGUUUCCUAUUUGGGUUAGUUUUUAAAUAUGACUCAAAUGACCAUCUACAAGAAAAGGAACGUCUAAAUGCUCGCUGCUUUGAUAAAUGCUUUCAAGGAAUAUCUUGAAGGUUUUGGCAAACACAUAAUACGGAAUCUGUCUUUAUGAGCAAUCGGUUGAAAGCACUGAAAAUCAUGGAGCAUUCAGCAGUAUUUCAAGGUCGAUCUGAAACUCAGUGUGAUCUAGAACAAACGAUAAGUGCAAAUUGAUUUCACGGAAGAAAAGUUCCCGUUGUAUGCACAGAGUGGUUUGUUUACGAUAACACCUGUCAAUUCUAUUCAAAUUUGUUAUUCACUGACCCGCCUGACAACAUGAUCCCCUAUGGAGACUUUUGUUCCUGUGACGCCCCUGUCGGAGAAAUGAAGCAAAAACCUGUUUGCCUUAUUGAACCACAUCUCAAUCAAUUCAAAAUCGUUGCGAGUACCAUGAAUCCUCGGGAAACCGUUCUGCAAUCCAUACUCAGAGUGUAGGCCGUUCGGGGCUGCCAUACGCUAAUUCGUAAAGGAUAUUUAAAUGUAAACUCCACUAAAAGAUUAUUUUCAGAGGCUAUUCUAUCUUAUAUCCAGUUGGUCAACGCUUGGAAUUAUCCAUUUCUCCCCUCCACUUUUGGCUCCCCGUUGACAUUUCUCUUUCCCCUUUUGUAAUCCUCUUUCAAGCAUGAUCUGUGUCAUUUUAAUUAGCUGGUUUUAUAUUCCGAUCUUGAGCUGGGAAUUCAAUUUUUGUCGAACAGUGACAAAGAAUUCUUUGGCUAGGACAUCCAUUGUUAAAGUUUGUACAUUUUUCACUUACCUGCAGUCUAUCAAUAGUACCGCAUAUACCCCAAAGUCUGGUUUUUAGCUUAUACGCGCCGCUCAAACUAACUAAAAAUGCCGUGCUCUGUUUUUGCUGUCAUAUUUAUUGUUUUGCAUGGACAGAAGUUUACUAAAUUACAGCCAUUUUCGGCGCUUUUAGGAUUUACCGCUUUUCUAAAAAAGAUAUUUCUAAACAAACCGAUAUUCCUUUUAGUAUUUCUUUAAUGCUAUCCAUCACCUUAAAAUGUUUAUUUAUUAACAAAGAUAUUGGGUCAGCGCAUUGGUGUCGGUUUGCGAGUUGUUAGCAUUCAUCCGUAAAAUUCAACACCUUUCAUAAGUUAGGUAACCCAGUGCAGAUUUGUCUCACAUAACGCCAAAUGAGAUUCGCUAGCUGGAGCUGAGAAGCUUAUCGCCGCCGCCGCCGCCGCCGCCGCCGCCGUCGCCGCCGCCGCCGCCGCCGCCGCCGCCGCCGCCGCCGCCGUCGCCGCCGCCGCCGCCGCCACCACCACCACCACCACCACCACCACCACCACCACCACCACCACCACCACCAGAUUUUCACGAAAAGGAGCGGCUCAGAUCUCACGGGCACGGGAGCGGCAUAAAGGCCAGUUUCAGAAAGAGAUUUUGA